AUGUCGGGCACUCGCGAUGAGUGCGUCUUCAUGGCGCGCCUGGCAGAGCAGGCCGAGCGCUUUGAAGAUAUGGUGGAGCAACUCGUCGCGAAGAUCGCGGCGCGAGCUAGCUUUCUUUUGAGCUCCGAGCUGAAUUUGGACGAGCGGAACUUGUUCUCCGUGGCCUACAAGAACUCCGUGGGCGCGCGGCGCCAGGCCUGGCGCGCGGUGAAUACGCUCGAAAAGAGAGAAGCUGCGGCAUCGAAAGGUGCAGCGAUUCUGGAGCUGGUGCAAAGAUAUCGAGAAAAGGUGGAGAGUGAGCUGAGCGGAAAAUGCCGAGAAGUUCUGAAGAUCCUCUUCGAAGAGCUGAUCCCCAAAGCCGGUAGCAGCGAAUCCAAGGUCUUCUACUUGAAGAUGAAAGGAGACUAUCAUCGGUAUUUGGCUGAGUUCGCGACGGGUGAGAACCACAGCAAAUGUGCGCAAGAGGCGCACGACGCGUAUCAAAGUGCCUCGGAGACCGCCAUCUCCGAGUUGCCCGCCACGCACCCGGUGCGCCUGGGCUUGGCCCUGAACUUCUCGGUCUUUUACUACGAGGUCUUCAGCUCUCCUGAAGCUUGGACGGGGGAGAAGGCGUGUUUGCUCUCGAAAGCUGCUUUCGAUGACGCCAUGGCCGUCAUGGACAGCCUCGAUGAGGACAGCUACAAAGACAGUGCCGCAACUCGAUGGAUUCGAUGUCAAGGGAGGCCUUUGAGUCGGCUUGAGGGGAGGGUCCAAAGACGGCGUACCCAAAGGUGUUCCGCUCGGCUCAGCUUGGACCAGGCGAACGGACACCAUUUCCUUCCGGCCGGUACCAUGCUUGACCGAAGCACCGUGGUUUUAUUUGAGGAUGUUACUACAAAACCAGGCCUUUCACUCUCUUUCCUUUCGGAGGUUUUGCCCGACGGUUGCUCUGUGACGAAUGAAAGCCGUCUGCUUGAGCAGUUGCCUCCCGGGUGCGUUGCUCCAAGGCGAUCAUGCAGUUGCUCCGAGACAAUCUCACCCUUUGGACCUCCGACAUGCAGAAUCCCGGCGGCUCCUCGGCGACCUCGGCACGCCCCGUCGUCCCGCGCGCGCGCGCGCGCCGCGCCUCGCGGGACACAUGGCACACCCGUCACGAGACCCCGGGGGGGGGGGGAGUCAUGGAGGCGUUUUCCUGCUCAGAGCGCUUGUUCAAGCGAGCAGAACGGAUUUUCCAUCUUCCUUCCUUCGUCGGCCCUUGGACUGGCUUCUUCGGGUUCCCUAACCCUUCGCACCUGGUCGAAGGGUUAG